UGCGGCGGCGCGCCGCGUCACGUGGCCGCGGGGUCAGGUGACCGGCGGGUGCAGGCAGCCAUGGGUGCCGGGCGCCGUCCGCGGUGGGCGCCGCUGGCGCUGGGUGCGCUGCUGGGGCUGCUCGGCCUCGGGGCGGCGGGCCACCGGGUCCGCGACCCCGGCUUCCGCGAGGGCUACUUGGAGCAGCCGCUGGACCACUUCAACUUCGAGAGCUUCGGCAACGGGACCUUCCGCCAGCGCUUCCUGCUCUCAGACCGGUUCUGGGAGCGCGGCCGAGGGCCAAUAUUCCUGUACACAGGCAACGAGGGUGACGUGUGGGUCUUUGCCAACAACUCGGGCUUCAUCGUGGAGCUGGCAGCGCGGCAGAAGGCCCUGCUGGUCUUCGCGGAGCACCGGUACUACGGGGAGUCACUGCCGUUUGGGGCACAGUCCACACGGCCUGGGCACACGGAACUGCUGACUGUGGAGCAGGCGCUGGCCGACUUCGCAGUGCUGCUGCAGGCGCUGCGGAAGGAGCUGGGGGUCCCGCACGUCCCCGCCAUCGCCUUCGGAGGGAGCUAUGGGGGCAUGCUGGCCGCCUACAUGAGGAUGAAGUACCCGCACCUGGUAGCUGGCGCCCUGGCGGCAAGCGCCCCCGUUGUGUCCGUGGCAGGCCUCGGGGACCCCACCCAGUUCUUCCGUGAUGUCACAGCGGACUUCGCGGCCCAGGGCCCCGAGUGUGAGCAGGCCGUGCGGGAGGCCUUCGCAGAGAUCCAGUACUCUUUCCAGCGCCGAGCGUCCGGACGCAUCAGCCGGGACUUCCGCACCUGCCAGCCGCUCUCAGGGGCCAAGGACCUGAAGCAGCUGUUCGUGUUCGCUCGCAACGCCUUCACCGUGCUGGCCAUGAUGGACUACCCCUACCCCACCGAUUUUAUGGGCCGCCUGCCCGCUAACCCAGUCAAGGUGGGCUGCCAGCGGCUGCUCAGUGAGAACCAGCGUGUCGCCGGCCUCCGGGAGCUGGCAGGGCUGGUGUACAACUCCUCGGGCUCCGAGUCCUGCUACGACAUCUACAAGCUGUACCACAGCUGCGCCGACCCCACCGGCUGUGGCACCGGCUCGGAUGCCCGAGCCUGGGACUACCAGGCUUGCACCGAGAUCAACCUGACCUUCACCAGCAACAACAAAACGGACAUGUUCCCUCCCCUGCCCUUUACCGAGGCCCAGCGCCGGCAGUACUGCCAGGACACGUGGGGCGUGUGGCCCCGGCGGGACUGGCUGAAGACCAACUUCGGGGGGGAUGACCUCAGAGCCGCCAGCAACAUCAUCUUCUCCAAUGGCGACCUGGACCCCUGGGCAGGAGGCGGGAUACGGAAAAACCUCAGUGCUUCCAUUGUAGCCAUCACCAUCCGUGGAGGGGCACACCACCUGGACCUUAGGGCAUCACACCCAGAGGACCCCGCGUCUGUGCUGGCGGCCCGCAAGUUGGAGGCCUCGCUCAUCCGAGAGUGGGUGCAGGCGGCUGCACUCGAGGGUCAUUGAGCCUGGGCUGCCCUGAGGCCCCAGAGCAGCGUCUGCACCGUGUGACUGGGGCUUGGGGGGUGGUGCAGCCCUCUCCCGUCCUGG